ACAAAAGAAGAGAAAAGACUUUACAAUCGCGUGACGUCACACUCGACCCUCACAUCUUUGUCAGUGAACAAAAUGGCAACCUACUGUCUGACUGUGGCCCGGCUCCAGCUGGUCCUGGGUCAUGGUGCACGGCGCCUGCAUGUAUCAGCCGCCUACAGAGCCAAGGCCAAAGUGGCCAUGAGCCGCUUUGAGCCCACUUCCUUCAUCAACUAUGACAAGCUCCAUAGCAACGUCGAAAUUGUCCGAAAAAGGCUCAACCGUCCUCUCACUCUGUCAGAGAAGAUUGUGUAUGGCCACCUGGACAACCCCCACCACCAGGAGAUCGACCGCGGCCGCACCUACCUGCGGCUGCGUCCCGACCGCGUGGCCAUGCAGGACGCCACGGCCCAGAUGGCCAUGCUGCAAUUCAUCAGCAGCGGGCUGCCGAGGGUGGCCGUGCCCUCAACCAUCCACUGCGAUCACUUGAUCGAGGCCCAGAUCGGCGGAGUCAAGGAUUUGGCCAGGGCAAAGGAAGUGAACCAGGAAGUCUACAACUUCCUGUCCAGCGCUGGAGCAAAAUACGGAGUGGGCUUUUGGAAACCUGGCUCUGGAAUCAUCCAUCAGAUCAUCCUGGAGAACUACGCCUACCCAGGAGUGAUGCUUAUCGGCACAGAUUCCCACACGCCAAACGGCGGCGGGCUUGGCGCCAUCUGCAUCGGAGUGGGCGGAGCCGACGCUGUAGACGUCAUGACUGGAAUCCCCUGGGCGCUCAAAUGUCCCAAGGUGAUCGGCGUGCGACUGACCGGCACACUGUCCGGCUGGACGUCUCCCAAAGACGUCAUCCUGAAGGUGGCGGGCAUCCUGACGGUGAAGGGAGGCACCGGAGCCAUCGUGGAGUACCAUGGACCAGGAGUCGACUCCAUUUCCUGCACUGGAAUGGCCACCAUCUGCAACAUGGGAGCAGAAAUUGGAGCAACAACCUCCGUGUUUCCAUACAACCACCGCAUGAGAACCUACCUGGAGAAAACCGGCCGAGGAGAGAUCGCUGCUGUGGCUGAUCAGUACAAGGACUUAUUGGUACCAGAUGAAGGCUGUGAGUACGACCAGAUCAUCGAACUCAAUUUGGACGAGCUCAGGCCUCACAUCAAUGGGCCGUUCACCCCUGACCUGGCGCACCCCGUCUCCGAGGUCGGCGCCGUGGCCAAGAAGAAUGGCUGGCCGCUGGAGGUCAAAGUCGGUCUGAUCGGCAGCUGUACCAACUCCAGCUACGAGGACAUGGGCCGAGCCGCCUCCCUGGCCAAACAGGCUCUGGACAAAGGCCUGAAGUGCAAAGCUCAGUUCACCGUCACCCCCGGCUCCGAGCAGAUCCGUGCCACCAUCGAAAGAGACGGAUAUUCAAAGAUCCUCAGCGAUGUUGGAGGUGUGGUUCUUGCCAAUGCAUGUGGACCCUGCAUUGGACAGUGGGACAGGCGGGAUGUGAAGAAGGGAGAGAAGAACACCAUCGUUACAUCCUUCAACAGGAACUUCACCGCCAGGAACGACGCCAACCCUGCAACUCAUGCGUUUGUCACCUCUCCUGAGAUAGUCACUGCCCUCGCCAUCGCUGGGACGCUAGACUUCAACCCAGAGACAGAUUACCUCACAACCCCCACGGGAGAGAAGUUCAAGCUGGUGCCCCCCACCGGAGACGAAUUACCAGCGAGGGACUUCGACCCAGGGCAGGACACCUACCAGCACCCUCCGAGCGAUGGCGCCAGCCUCAAGGUGGACGUCAGUCCUCAGAGUAACCGGCUGCAGCUGCUGGAGCCUUUUGACAAGUGGAGCGGAAAUGACCUGGAAAACAUGGUGGUCCUCAUCAAGGUGAAGGGGAAAUGCACCACGGACCACAUCAGCGCCGCAGGACCCUGGCUGAAGUUCCGCGGCCACCUGGAUAACAUCUCCAACAACAUGCUGAUCGGUGCUGUCAACAGCGAGAACGACGCCGUCAACAAGAUCAAGAACCACCUGACGGGAGAGUACGGAGGAGUCCCUGAUGUGGCACGACACUACAAGGCCAACGGCGUGUCGUGGGUCGUGGUUGGAGAUGAUAACUACGGCGAGGGCUCCAGCAGAGAACAUGCAGCUCUGGAGCCCAGGCAUCUGGGUGGAAGAGCCAUUAUUGUCAAGAGCUUUGCCCGAAUCCAUGAAACGAACCUGAAGAAGCAGGGCCUGCUUCCCCUCACCUUUAGCAACCCAUCCGACUACGACAAAAUCCGCCCCGACGACAAGAUCUCCAUCAAGGGACUGAAAUCCUUUGCACCAGGAAAGCCCCUGUCAGCGGUUGUGACGCACAGCGACGGCAGCCAGGAGACGCUGGAGCUCAACCACAGCUUCAACGAGACCCAGAUCGAGUGGUUCCAGGCGGGCUCAGCCCUGAACAGGAUGAAGCAGCUGCAGCACUGAGCCAUGGAGGGAGGGAAACAGGGUGGUACAGCUUGGGAGGAAACAGAAUGUCAAAUAACUGUUUCAUCACCAGGAUUAGCUUGCAGCUUUCACUGAAGUACAAUUACCGAACCAAGCAGGAAUACUUUUAAAUGUCAAGCUAAUGAUUUUGAUGGAACAGUUGAACUUGGUCCUGUAAUUUUUAUUUUUUAAUCCUCAUUCAUCAACAUUAAGCAUAUUUUUGAAAUGAUGUGAGGCUGCUGUGUGUUCAUCGAGCAGAGAGUACCGGUUAUAGACCCACACACACUCUUGACACAAUAAGCUGUGACCUGACCCAGGACAUGGUAAACACUGACCCCUGGUCGCUAUUGCAGUUGUGUAAACAAGUUAGCACAAUGUUGAGCUCGGUCAGCUGAACAGUCACUCUGCUGCUUUUGGGCUCAUCUUUACAAUGGUUUCUUCUGUUUCUGGACCCUGUUGGCAAACCUAUAGAACUGUAGCAGAACAUUAAAGAAAA